UUUAAAAUCAAUUUUUGUUUUAAUGUUGGAAAUCAAGGCAUACGUGUCCCCGAGCUCUUCUGGUAAAAGAUGCAAGUUUUAAAAACAUGUAUCGAUAUUUCGUUCACAAAGCCAAUUAGACUUUUAUCGAAAACACCUAUCUUACAGUGCUGAAAACAAAAACUCAAAACAUUCGUAAUUAUUUCAUUCACAAAAUGUAUUUGUUACUUUCUUGUUUUCCCUCAUCAGAUUUGAUGUGUUUAGACCAGUUUCAUGUGACGUAUGCAUACAUUAAAUCUGGCUGCGCGCGCAACUCCAAGGCAGGAAACACGCUUUACAGAACAAAACAUGCCGUCCUCAUGCUGUGUCGUGGGUUGUCGGAACAGAAAGAACACACACAGAGAGCUCGUCUUUUAUGCAAUUCCUGCUGGUAAACACCCCUUCGAGAAAAACCGGCGGAAGUUGUGGCUAGAAGCUAUACGACGUGAGAAUUGGACUGACGCGGCAAUUAAGAAUGCUCGUCUUUGCAGUGCUCACUUCAUCUCUGGAAAAGCAUCCCAGCAAUAUGGUACUCCAGAUUUCGUUCCAUCUGUAUUUCCAGAUAGAGCAACUGUUUCACGAAGUAGACACUCAAAACUUGCAAGCAGUGAAAAUCGUGUAAAAUUGUGCGCAAGGCGGACAGCGGGGUACAACGAGGAACUUUGUUGGGCAAAAGACGACAAGGAGCCACAACGUUGCGAACGACCCGACGCCGUUUGCGAGACGCAGCAGCCGAGAGUUGUGCUUCGUACAGCAGACGUUGGUGAACAGCACCCUGAUCCGAGCCACCAGGAGACGCCGCCCUUUCCCAUUGGAGGAGAAAAGGAGGAGCAGGAGUCCCCUCACGUGAAAGAAGAAGAAGAGGAGGAGAAACAAGGGCCUUCUUACAUAAAGGAGGAAGAACAAGAAGAGGAUGUCACGAAGUUCCCAUGCCCUGGUAUCGCUCUCAAAACUGAAGAUGAAGGUCCCAGUGAGGCCAGAGGAGAGGCGGAGCCUCCCAGCACCAGGAAGGAGGACGUCAUGAAGUUCCCUUGCCCUGGUAUCGCUCUCAAAACUGAAGAUGAAGGUCCCAGUGAGGCCAGAGGAGAGGCGGAGCCUCCCAGAACCAGGAAGGAGGACGUCACGAAGUUCCCUUGCCCUGGUAUCGCUCUCAAAACUGAAGAUGAAGAUGAAGGUCCCACUGAGGCCAGAGGAGAGGCGGAGCCUCCCAGCACCAGGAAGUCAAGUCACCACAUGACAACAGGAGCUGACGGACAAUCACCACCAGACGGACUCUUGGCGCCACUGUCGGAUAAUGACGACGCAAUGUCACACUCUCCCCACAAUCAAGAUGAUGACAACGAUGAUGAUGAUGAUGAUGAUGAUGAUGAAGAGUUUGAAGGUCAUGUGACACGUCACACUGACAACAAACGCUGGGAAUGUUCUGAGUGUGGGAAAACAUAUGCUUAUGAGGGAAGUUUGAAACGACACAUGCAAAAGCACACUGGAGAGAAACCUUGUGCGUGUGCAGUUUGCGGUAAAAGAUUUUCAAAGGCGAGGAUCUUGAAGCUACACACAAGAACACACACCGGAGAGAAACCUUUUGCAUGCACAGUCUGCGGUCAACGAUUUUCUCAGAAGGGAAGUUUAAGCAGUCACACCAGAAUACACACCGGAGAGAAACCUUUUGCAUGCUCCUUUUGCGGCAAAACUUUCUCUCACAAGCGAAGCUUAACAACACGCACAAGAACGCACAUGGGAGAGAAACCGUUUGCCUGUUCGGUUUGUGCUAAAAGAUUUCCUGAGAAGGGAAGAUUAAAACGUCACACAAGAACAUACACUAGAGGGAGAUCUAAAAGGAAGAUUUAAAACAACACACAAGGACACAUAUUUGUUGAGAAACUUUAUACGUGCACAGUUUGUGGAAACAGUUUCUUUAAUAAGAAAAAUUUGACAAUACACACCAGAAUACACGCCGGGGAGAGACCUUUUGCCUGAUGGGAUUCUGAGCAAACAUUCACUCGAAACCAUUUGGGCAGCCACGCAAGAACGCACUCAUACACACUUGAGAAAAUUUGGACCUGCUGAGUGUGAUAUCUUCUUCUAUUCUCCGGACCUUCUCCCAAGCUUCCUGUAGACAAGUGCAGAGAAUGAGCACUCAUGGUGAAACGCUUCAUACUAAACAAAUGAAAUACUGUUCAAAUAAGAGAAUGAUUGACACAAUACGCGGUAAGAAAUUUGGACCCUUGGUGGCAAGAUGGAAAGAUGUGAAUGUAAUCCUGAAUAAAAUACAACUCUUCACGCA